AUGGCACGAACUACCUCGUGGGAGAAGACACGAUCAUGCUUCUUCAUGUUCGUUGGCGCAAAAUCCACACGCUGGCCUAACAGCACCAGAUCCGCAACCGGUGCACUCCUUGCUCUGUCUAUACUCAUCGCUGUAGCACAGUUCGGUCUCUGCGCCGCCAUGGCGCACUGGUUGCUUAGCUCACACCGCGAGGUUCAGUGCUGGAACGUGAGCAGCACGAGAGAUCUGGACUUCAACGCCUUUAAGCUAGAGUCCAGACCAUCAGAAUUCGUAUUCCAGACAGAGACCAAGAGCUUGCCACUUACCUAUGCAAACUUGGACAAGACCUUCAACGUGGAGAGAGCUCAAGAGAACGGAGAAGGUCUGUCAGGGCCUGAGUAUCUGAGUGCUGGAGCCAUUGGUGGGACAUUGUAG